UUCUUCUUUUUUAUUUUUUUUUUUAAAAAUUAAUUUAAUGCGCGGAAAAUUUUCUCUAAAAUUUCUCCCCAUCCUCGCAGUCUCACCUUAAAAUCCUCUAAGAAUUGCUGUCAGCCAUGGCUGCUGCUUGCUCAAACAAGAUCAUAGACGUGUUCUGGCACGAGGGCAUGCUAAACCAUGAAACCAGAAAGGGAGUUUUUGACUCAGGAACUGAUCCUGGGUUCCUAGACGUGUUAGAGAAGCACCCAGAGAACUCAGACAGGAUCAAGAACAUGGUUUCUAUACUUCAGAAAGGUCCCAUCUCUCCAUACAUUUCUUGGCAACAUGGAAGACCUGCUCAAGUCCCUGAAUUGCUCUCUUUUCACGCCCCAGAGUACAUAGAUGAACUAGUUGAAGCAGAUAAACAAGGAGGGAAGAUGAUUUGUGCCGGAACUUUCUUAAAUCCUGGCUCAUGGGAUGCUGCACUUCUUGCUGCUGGCACUACACUAUCAGCGAUGAAGCAUAUUCUUGACGGGCAUGGAAAGCUUGCUUAUGCAUUGGUUAGGCCGCCUGGUCACCAUGCUCAACCUAAACAAGCAGAUGGGUAUUGCUUCCUUAACAAUGCUGGUCUUGCGGUUCAAUUGGCCUUAGAUUCAGGGUGCAAAAAGGUUACAGUUAUUGACAUUGAUGUUCAUUAUGGAAAUGGAACAGCGGAGGGAUUCUACCGGACAGAUAAAGUACUUACCGUAUCCCUUCAUAUGAACCAUGGUUCAUGGGGUCCAUCUCACCCACAGAAUGGAUCUGUUGGUGAGCUAGGUGAAGGAGAGGGUUUUGGCUACAAUUUGAACAUACCUCUUCCUAAUGGGACAGGCGAUAGGGGAUAUGGGUAUGCCAUGAAGGAGUUAGUUGUCCCAGCUGUUCACAAAUUUGAACCUGAUAUGAUAGUUUUUGUUGUUGGCCAAGAUUCAAGUGCUUUUGAUCCAAAUGGAAGGCAAUGCUUGACAAUGGAUGGCUAUAGAGAGAUUGGACGGAUAGUUCAUAGUCUGGCAAAUAAACACAGUGGUGGGAAGAUUCUUAUCGUCCAAGAAGGAGGAUACCACAUCACGUACUCAGCUUACUGUCUUCAUGCAAUACUUGAAGGUGUGCUUGACCUUCCCCAGCCUCUGUUAUGUGAUCCCAUUGCAUAUUACCCAGAGGACGAGGCUUUUGCCGUGAAAUUUGUUGAAGCCACCAGAAAGUACCAUAAAGAAAUGGUUCCGUUUUUAAAAGGAACAUGAUUAGAAGGUCACUACAGCAAGGUGGAGGAUUGACAUCAAAUUUUACCAACUAUUCAAGCUGGUGAGAAGCUCCCGUUCCGUGGUGGACAUCAAGGAUUUGGAAAAUGGACUGUCAAUAUAGGUGAAGGAUGAUGUUGAUCAUAUAAAACCAUCGUUUGUGCCAAGAAACUUGGUAUGAGAACUGUACUAUAGGAGUUGAUGUUUGUUAAAAAAUUUAAAAUCCUGGGAUGGUACAGUGAUAAACUGUGUACUAUCCUUUGCUGCUGAUCAUUUUAAGUAUACACUUAAUUGUCAGAAUCACCGCUUUAUAAUUUACAGAUUGUUUCCAACA